AUGUCUGACGAUGAUGGGCUAAUGGUCAACUUUGUGGCUCCUGAUAGCUCCAGAGUGAGGAAACAACCUAGGGCAGUGAAGUAUAGAGGAGGAAAUUUCGGCAUUAACAAAGAUGGCUCUGUAGAUGGUAAUAUGACCAAAAUGGGCUUUCAGAAAUGGGGAAAGAGAAAGAGUAGAGCUUCUGAGGAUGGAACUGAGAACAAAGAGAAGGCGCCACCAGGAACCUACUCGAGUAAGAGGACGCGAUUUGCAGAGGGUACUGGACCAGGAGGAGGAAAAAAUGACACUUUUGUCUCAUCUCUAUUCACUUCAAAUCCUGAAGUACAGGAGCAUGAGACGAAGGAAGAGGCCGUUGUUCAAGAUCCUUCCAAUGCUCCCUUGUCAGAUGCUACUACUUUUGAUGGAUUGGGCUGCAAUGAUAUACUUUACAAACAUCUCACUGAGCACAUCAAAUUUCAGCACCCAACGAAGAUUCAAAGAAGUGUCAUUCCAAGAUUACUGACCAGAGAAAGAGAUCUGUUCGUCCAAGCUCAAACUGGUUCGGGUAAGACUCUAGCAUUUUGUAUUCCAAUUGUUCAAAAACUUAUGGAAAUUGAGGACUUGAAGAGAGAUUCGGGUUUAUUUGCUAUCAUAUUGACGCCUACGAGAGAGCUGGCUACUCAAAUAUACUCGGUUCUAGAAACUCUGACUCGAUGCUGUCAUAGAAUCGUUCCUGGAAUUGUGAUUGGAGGAGAGAAAAAGAAAUCAGAAAAGGCCAGACUUAGAAAAGGUGUCAAUAUAUUAGUGGGGACCCCUGGACGACUCCUUGACCACAUGGAGAACACAGAAACGCUGGAUUUGAGUAGUGUUAGUUACUUGAUCAUGGAUGAGGGUGACAAGCUGAUGGAGUUGGGUUUUGAGGAGACGCUCGAUAAAAUACUGAAACUGCUAGGGGAGCGAUCAACAAUUGCAAACCGAAAGUAUUCUAAUUUGCCCAGUACCAGAAUUAAUGUUCUUUGUUCCGCAACUAUGAAAGGGGGUGUGUCAAAACUGGGAGAAAUCUCCCUGAAAGAUGCUGAAUUGGUCACCACAAACUCCGUUCCUGAUCAGGACGUUAUAUUUGACGAAGAAAACAAUAUUCAGGCUCCUGAUCAGUUAAUCCAACAGAUUUUAAUUGUGCCUCCCAAGUUAAGACUGGUUACUUUACAUUCUCUGUUGAAGAAGAUUACUUCCAAGCCUGGAGGAUCCAGGACGAUGCUGUUUUUGUCCUGUUCUGACUCUGUAGAUUUCCAUUUCAGUACUUUCACCAGGAAAGGUAGAAAGAUCAACAGUAAGAAGGUUCUCAAGGAAACGGGGGUUGAAAUAAGUGACGAAAGGGCUGAUGAAUCUUCAACUAUCCUCACAGUUCCCAUUUUAGGUGACAACGUUGUUGCAUUUAAGUUGCAUGGUUCACUCACUCAACAAGUUCGAACUAGCACUCUUGAUAUGUUUUCAAGCACUCCAGAAUCGAGGCACACUAUUCUUUUCUGCACAGAUGUUGCCUCUAGAGGUCUGGAUCUUCCUUACAUUUCUGAUGUGAUAGAGUAUGAUCCGCCAUUCGCAGUUGAGGAUCAUUUGCAUCGUGUUGGUAGAACUGCAAGAGCUGGUAAAGGUGGUACCUCUGUGUUGUUCCUGUUUCCUGGAAUUGAAGAAACGUAUACGGGAAAGAUUGAAAUUUACCACAAGAAGGCGGGAUUAGAUUACGUAUCUUUCAGUGAUCUGCUGAAGACCUCAUUUGGUAAAACUUGGGAGGUUGAUGCCACUACAUGGCAUCUUGAUGUUGAAAGAUGGCUGUUGGAGGAUCCUGGUGCUCAUAGCGCAGCAGCUCAAGCAUUUACAUCUCACAUUAGGGCAUAUGCAACUCAUUUAUCGUCCGAAAGAGACACAUUCAAUGUAAAGACUCUACACUUGGGUCACUUGGCCAAGAGUUUUGGUUUGAGAGAAACUCCCAAAACGCUAGGAGUGGGGAGUGGACCUAAAGCGACUAAAAAGAACAAAGAAAAUUCCAAGAAGAAGCUGUUGCGAAUGGCUACUUUGGCUGUACAGGAAACAAGUAAUGAGUUUAACUACUAG